AUACCUAAAAGCUCAUCUUCGCUGCCUGCUUUUAUAUUUAUUUUUUUAAUUUCCGAUUGACUGAACGAACCUUUCGCGUCAAAUUGAAGGUUCAAGAUGGAAGUGCAAAAUUCUGAACAUGGCCAUAUAAUUGAGGUGUGUGGAAAUGCGCCAGCUGUGGGACCAAGUCUAGCUGGGAGUAAAAAUUGUGGGGAAGCAGCAUGUGGAUUUUCAGAUCCUAAAACCAGUUCUGAAGAUGCCAAAGAACGGUCAGCAUCCAUGCGGAAACUUUUGGUUGCUGUUAUACUCUGUGUCAUCUUCAUGAGUGUUGAAGUUGUGGGAGGUAUUAAAGCCAACAGUCUUGCAAUUUUGACCGAUGCAGCUCAUCUGUUGUCUGAUGUUGCUGCAUUUGCAAUUUCGCUAUUUUCACUCUGGGCAUCAGGAUGGGAAGCAAAUCCACGCCAAUCAUACGGUUUCUUCCGAAUUGAAAUCUUAGGUGCUCUUAUUUCCAUCCAGAUGAUAUGGCUUCUUACUGGGAUCCUUGUUUAUGAAGCCAUUGCUAGAAUUAUGAAUGGUACUGGUGAGGUUCAGGGCUUUCUUAUGUUUGUUGUUGCUGCAUUUGGUUUAGUGGUUAAUAUUGCCAUGGCUCUCUUGUUGGGACAUGAUCAUGACCAUGGUCAUGGCCAUGACCAUGAUCAUGGACAUGGUAGACAUGAUCAUGGCCAUGGUGAUCAUGCUCAUACUCAUGGGGGUCAUGAUGAAAUGCAUAGCCAUGGGAUAACCAUUACCACACAUCAUCAUCAUGAGAGGCACUACAAACAUGAUGAUGAGCACCAUCAUGCUUACGAAGAAGAUCAAACCAAGCCUCUGCUGAAGACAAGCAGUGAAGGUGAAAGGAAGUCAAAGUAUGGAGCUAAACAGAGAAAGCAACGGAACAUUAAUGUACAGGGGGCGUAUCUUCAUGUACUUGGGGAUUCUAUUCAAAGUGUUGGGGUUAUGAUCGGUGGGGCAAUUAUAUGGUAUAAGCCUCAAUGGAAGAUUAUUGAUCUGAUAUGUACCCUUGUAUUUUCUGCAAUUGUGCUGGGGACAACAAUAAGGAUGCUGAGGAACAUUCUGGAGGUUUUGAUGGAGAGCACACCUAGGGAAAUUGAUGCCACAAAGCUUGAGAAAGGUCUCUGUGAGAUGCAGGAGGUAGUUGCUGUCCAUGAGUUGCACAUUUGGGCCAUAACAGUAGGUAAAGUCUUAUUGGCCUGUCAUGUUAUAAUUAAGUCCGAGGCUGAUGCUGACAUGGUUCUGAACAAGGUCAUAGACUACAUCAAAAGAGAGUACAAUAUCAGUCAUGUGACAAUUCAGGUAGAGCGCCAGUAGAUCCAGAGAGAGUAACUGCUGAUAUGUUGGAUGUCGCAAUUGGGUGCGUUUGUGUGUUUCUUUCAUGUUUUUCAAUAAGCAUGAUCAUGUCCACUAUAUCUCUAAGCUGGCACUUUCUGGUAUGCAUGCAUUCUAAACAGGAAAAUUCUUAUCUAGUGUACUACUUCUCCAUGCAACAA